AUGCAGGGGGGCGAAUUCGGAAGCCUUUGCUUCCUGGCCUUCCUGUUAUCUGGAGUUAGCGGUGAAAACUUAGUAAAUACACAAGAUCUCAAACAUGGUGGGCAGAACGAACUUCUUGAUGAUUUUAGCGACACAUAUGUAUUGGAAUCACAAGGACAUCCUGGAUUAUCAAAUACAGUAGGGAACUCGGAUAUAAGAACAGUACAACUAUCCGAUUUAGAUUACGCUGAAUUAAAUCCAGAAGAGAGAUCAGCGUUUAGCUCUGCUCGCGCUAAAGCUAAUUCAGUAGGCGGGUUAAAUCCAGGGCUAGGAUAUGGGCGCAUUUUUCCCCAGAGUCUUCGUCCCAGCAGUGCAAACACUGGAGGCUAUGCUCUAGCUGAUUCAGGGGCAAGCUCUUUUCUACCAGGAUCAUAUGGCCCUCAAUCAGGAUACGGUUCAGCUUCAGCCGAAGCUAAUGCUCAAGCGAUAUCCGGAGGUUCCAGCCAAGCUCAAGCUGAUGCAUUGGCUAUAGCAAAAAACUAUGAUAACGGAAAUACAUUAAACUCAGGGAACCUAUUACCUUAUAUGCCAUACAAUUCCAAUUCUGACUCAAGUUAUGCUCAAGCCCAAGCGUUAGCGAAUGCAAUCGCAAGUGCCCAAGGCUUAGGUUAUUCGCCAUACUCAUUAGGACCUAAUGUGAUAGGGUAUCCAAACAUUGGAUCUGGUUAUGCGCAAGCAGAUGCUGAAGCCAUAGCGCAGGCCCAAGCUAGUGGUUACGGCGGUUCCAGCUCUUCGGACUCCAAUGCAGUCGCACAAGCACUAGGAGGCAACCUUGGCCAAGGGCAAAGCUCCGCAGAAGCAAUAGCGCAAGCGCUAGCCCAGCCUCAGUUGCAAGGACAACCAGUGAUGAAUAAUGGCUAUCCAACAGGAGGCUUAAGUUCCGCUGAAGCUAAUGCACUGGUUCAAGCACUUGGAAAUGCUGGUAUAGGGUGGAGUCCAGGACUUGGUUAUAGUUCAGCAAAUGCUUUGGCCGAAUCACAAUCACUGGGUCAGGCGCAAUCACAAUCCCAAGCACAGGCCCAAGCGCAAUCGCAAUCGCAAUCGCAGGGGUUAUAUGGACCAUCGUUAGCACAAGCACAAGCCUUGGCACAAGGCAUUGGUUACGGGCAAGAUCAGUCACAAAUUUUUGGUUUUUCAAAUGCACAAGGAUCUGCGCUCGCUAAUGUGUUAGCAGGAGCAAGAACAAGAGUUAUACCACAAAAUGAGUACGUGUUUCCACAUGACAUACCUGGUGGUGAAAACAUCUUGCUAUGUUCACGAGAAGGCGAAAUGCAUAACUUCUGGUCUUCCGCGUACCAAUGUCUAGUUUGUACGUGUAUCAACCAGAAUGGUUACUUAAGACCGGUCUGCGCCAGCUGCGCUGGGUGUAUGGCACCGCCCUUCGAGCCCGAACCUCUCCCAUUGCCACUGCCACCAUCACCAUCUCCACCAGUUCCAGAACCUCAAGUUUCAUGCGACCCGCUGCCCACUGAGACGCCGUUCGAGAGCCCCUUGAACCCAUGUCAGAUAUGUGUUUGCCACCUAACUCUUGACGUGUACGGACGACCUGAUGUCCAGGUCGUCUGCCAGGAUAAUCCCGCGUGCCUUGAAAUUAAAUGCUACCACGGUCACCCAUCCGUUGAUUGUCCUAACGGGACGCUCCAUUGCGGCAAUGACCACGAAAAUCAUCCUAUCUGCAAGCCCAGCCCGGAACUGCGAAAGACUCUUCGUAUACAAUCACAUAUUGCUCCUCUAGAAUUAAUGGUACCAAUACUACCCAUGCCGCUUUGCAAGUACUUCCCCGAGAAUGUCACGUUCCCACAUCCCAACGACGAGUGCUCCACAUGCAAAUGUAUCGUAAACACUACCUCGAGUUUAUCGGUGCCAGAGAUACUCUGUAAUGCAAAACCUGAUUGCGGGGUCACACCACAACCAUUCCCGCUGCCACCAAUACAACCAAUCCCUCCGAUGCCGUCACCAUUGCCACAGCCUGUUCCAGAACCAAUGCCGCUACCAAUGCCAUUGCCGUUGCCGGAACCAAUGCCGCUGCCAAUGCCCUUGCCAGAACCAUUGCCGAUGCCACCAAUUCCUGAGCCAGUACCUUCACCAGUUCUCCCGCCGGCGCCUGUGCAACCUUUCCCCCCACCAGGACCUCUCCCCGGCCCAUCGCCACAUAAAUCUUGCCGACCUUAUCUGCCAAAUCAACCGUUCGCACAUCCGUGGGACGAGUGCCAGGAGUGUGUCUGCACCGAACUCUAUGCUCCGGGUAUCAUCAAUAUCGAAGUCAACUGCUACACAAAGAGCGAGUGCUGUAUCGUGCCACCACCAUACCAGCUGCCGUUGCCACCUUCCCCGCCGGUGCAACCUUUACCCCUCCCGAAUCAGCAGCUGCAAGUUUUAGAUCAAGUGUGUGAAUAUAGAGGUAUCGGGUUAGAGUUUAUCCACCCGCAGGACCGUUGCCGAAUUUGCACCUGCGAAACAUUUGGCAACCUCGUUGCACCAGUCUGCAAGCCCGCCAACAGACCUGAUUGUGCUACGCAGCUAGUUCCAUACAGAAACAUUCAAUACAUUGAGCCACGGUGCCGCUACCGCUUGCCGCUCCAGCCUUUCGUAAUUGACUGCAGUGAGUGCACGUGUCAGCCAGUUUUCAACUACGUCAUAGCCACGUGCAAGAGACUACCCAACUGCGGUGUCAAUCCAUUGUAUCCAGGGGGUAGUUUCAGCAGCGCAGAUGCAUAUGCUAACACUCAAUCUAACGCAAUCUUGCCAUACAGUCCCAAACCUCAAUUGAUUCCAUUCUCCCCACUCCCCGGAGUUUCGCAAGCCUCAGCUGAAGCGAUAGCACUUGCAAAUAAUAACUUACAAGGCUCUUCGCCAGGAAAUCUUUAUUCACCGGCUCAACCUAACUCUGAGCUUUUGCCAUACCUAAAUUCAGGUGUAUAUAACCCCGUAAACUAUGGAUCUGCUGUAGCAGAAGCAGAUGCAAGUACUUACUCUGGAUACGGACAAUACCUUCCGACUAGUCUGCCUGGAUCAUCGUCAUCUUCUGUAUCUGAUGCUCAAGCGUUUAGCGGUUCUGGCCUUAAUGGUCUAAUAUCCUUACCGUAUUCUCAGCAAGGACUCGGUUAUUUACCCGAUUUGACCUCAACUUUAACUGAAUCUGAAGCAAUUGCUAAUGCAAAUUCCGGAUAUAACUCAGGCUAUAACCCAUUUUUGUCAGGUCUUAAUAUUGUUCCCGGGAGUUCAGCAUCAGCUUUAGCUAACGCAGAUGCAGCUACCAGUGGCAUCAACGGUUUAAAUUCAUACCCUGCUUUAUACCCAAGUCUAGGAUUAUCUUAUCAGCCGAGUUUAACAUCUGCCUUGGCUGAAUCAGAAACCAAUUCAGGUUUAUAUGGAGGGUCCUCAGCAUCAGCGUCAUCUGAAGCCAAUACCAUUAGUAAUUCCGCUAACCCGUUCCUUUAUCAACCAUAUUCUAACAUAGGAACUCAAUAUGGACUGCCUUCAGGAAUGACAGAGUCAGAUGCAAUGAACAAUGCUAACUCCGGUCUAUCUUCCAGUUAUUUACCUGGAUACCUAACUAGGCCAUCAACAGCAGCUUUAGCGGAAGCAGAGGCUCUAAGCGAUGCCAAUUUGAGUUUAUCUCCUUUACUAUACGGUCAAAACCCAAAUCUUAGCCCUUCAUCUCAGAACGGCGCAUCUGCAAACGCCGAAGCGAUAGCAAAUGCUUUAGGAUAUUAUCCAAGUUCUGGAGCAUCUGCUUCAGCUCAAGCUGAAUCUGACGCUGUCAAUAGUCUAGGGUUAAACCCGUUAAUUUAUCAGUCAUAUCCAAAUCUACAAUCAUAUCAACCCAACUAUUCCAGCGGAUUGUCACAGGUCCAAACGUUAGCUAAUGCUAACAAGUAUAGCCCAUCCCUUAGUCCAUAUAGCUCAGGAUCUACAUCGUUCGCUGAAGCUGAAGCCAUAGCAAAUGCAAAUUCGCUUUAUAGUCAACCCAUGCAAUAUCCAAGCGUCCUAUUCCCAAAUUCACCAGGUAAUUCCUAUGCAUCUUCUAAUGCGUUAUCCGAAGCUUCGUCAAAUCUAUUAAAUUACUCACCGUAUACGAACUCAUUUCCUUUCCACCCCGGAAGUAGUUUAUCUAGUGCAAACGCGGAAGCUGAAGCGAUAGCAAAUGCUGGAUUAGGAGGACAAAUGAAUCCGUAUCAGCCUUCGUCAGGAAACUCAGCACAAGCUCAAGCCCAAGCAGUUGCAACCGCAGAUGGAUACGGACAGUCAAGUGCACAGAGUGUAGUCCAAGCUUCAGCUCAGUCAGGGCGAACUUUGAUAAAAUCCGGGCGCGGGCUGUGCAAGUACAUCGGUGAUAAGUAUCACCACAACUGUCAGGCUUGCUACUGCAUCUUGGACGACGGCGGAAGCCUUAGUGCCGUCUGCUUGGGCACUCCCUGCGCC